UCAUUUAUAGUAAAGUUUUAAGUUAUGGAUUCUAAACAUUUAUCUGUUCAGUUUGAAAAAGCGGUCUCAUUUAUUUCUGGCUCCAGUUUAACUGACGUUAAAUUGCAACUAAAAUUAUAUGGUUUAUAUAAGCAAGCACUUGAAGGUAAAUGUAAUCAACCAAAACCUCCAAUAUUCGACAUAAAAGGACGUAAAAAAUGGUUUGCCUGGUCUGAAAUGGGUUUAAUGUCUAAAGAAGAAGCUAUGGCAAAAUACAUAAAUUUAGUUAAAGAUAUAAAUCCAAACAUUGAAGCAGAAAAAACUGGUUGGGUUACCGUAAGUACUUUUGCCAAUGAUGAACAGCCCCUAAUGGAAAACGAAAAAACCAUUAGUGACUGGGUAAAAGAAGGAAACUUAGAUAAAAUAAAGGAAUUCGCUGGUAACAUCAAUGUUAAUGAUUCUAUGGGAAUGGCACCAAUACACUGGGCUUCAGAUCGUGGAGAUUUUAAAAUUUUAACAUUUUUGGUUGAAAGCUGUUCAGCUAAUGUCAAUUUUCAAGAUAGUUCAGGUCAAACAGCUUUACACUAUGCUAUAUCCUGUGGUCAUGAAGAUAUUUGCAAAUAUCUAGUUAGUAUGGGUGCUCAUACCAACAUUCAAGAUAAUGAUGGAGUCACUGCACAAGAUUUAUGUUCAGAUGAAUUAUUUAAAUCAAUAUUAUCAAGAAACUAAAUGAUUAAAUGUAGUGUAUGUAUUAU